AUGUCUUGUGAGUGUCAAGAUCGGGUAAAGCGUAAAUAUUACCGUUAUUAUGAUACACCCGAUGGCUGUGAUGUUUUCAAAAAGAUUUUAGUAACUAGCCGAUACGGAGCUAUAGCCGGCUUGAUCUUGUCUACUUACGAUGUCUUAAUGUAUUCGCACGCUGUUGGCUUAGGCCCGAUUAUGAGACGGUAUGCAUACCACACAGUGCCACUUGCCAUGAUGGGAGCAACCUUUGCAGGAGUUGCUAAUGGAGUUCAACUUUUACGACAGAAAGAUGAUAUACUUAACUAUUUCAUUGGUGGCCUCGCUUGUGGACCCAUUCUGGCCUACUAUUUAGGGUCCAACCACGCUGUGCUGUUAGGAGGCCUCGGUCUAGGAAUCAUUGGCAUGAUUAAGAAGAAUGCUAUUGAGAAUGACUACACUCUAGUGCCUCAAGUCUCGGGACACAUGGGAACAAUCCGCAGUUGGAAACAUGAUUAUACAUAUUUAGCUGACCCAAGAGAUACUGCCAAGCACACAUGCGGGACCAAAAAUAGUCCAUCGGGAUAAUUACACCAAUCUAGUCAUUGAAAUUGAACAUUAUUUCAUUGAGCCUUCCAUCCUGCUUAUCAAAUUAUUAAUAAAAAUGUAUUGGUUGUUUAAAUAAAACAAUUAAAAACAGGAGUAUUUUUAUAUUACUUCUUAAUCUAUUUUAGUCUUCCAGAACUGAGACAAAAAAACUUAAUUUCGGUUGAAACGAAAACAUUUUAUUAUAUAAAUCAAAAUCGUUCAAUUUGAAUGUAAAUAUUUAAUCAUAACAUUAUUAUUAUUAUUUUAUUAUACAAUGUGACGGGAAUGUGACAAUAUGAAAAACAUUAACAAAUAUGUUCAAGAAGACUAACAUUACUUACAUAACUCUAUGAAUAUUCUCAAUGUCAACCCAAAUCAUUUUGUACUCAGUAAAUGAUCAAGAAAAAACAGAUAAAAAAAU